AUGGCCGCACCGAUGGCACCGCCUGCCGUCGCCGACGACGAGAUCGUCUACGAGUCCAUGCCCCGCCUCCGCGUCUACAGGAAUCGAGUGGAGCGCUAUCCUGGCGCCGAUGACUUCGUAGCCGCUUCCGCCGACGUCAACGUCGCCGUCGCGUCCCGCGACACCACCAUCUCCGCCCGCGUCUCCGUGCGUGUCUACCUCCCACGGGCCCGGCUGGACGCGACCAAGAUCCCCGUGCUCGUGUACUACCAUGGCGGGGGGUUCUGCCUCUGCUCCGCCUUCGACUCCACCUACCACGCCUACCUCCGCAGGUUUGCCGCGCUCGCCGACGUCCUCGUCGUCUCCGUCGAGUACCGCCUCGCCCCCGAGCACCCCGUCCCCUCCGCGUACGCAGACUCGUGGGAGGCGCUGGCGUGGGUCGUCUCCCACCGUGCCGGCGGCGACGAGGACGAGCCAUGGCUGGCCGACCACGCCGACUUCUCCCGCCUCUACCUCGGCGGCGACAGCGCCGGCGCCAACAUCGCGCACCACAUGGCCAUGCGGGCGGGCGUGGAAAAAGGGCUCGCCCUCCGCGGCCUCGUCUUGAUCCACCCAUACUUCCUGGGGAGCGACGGGGUGGCCUCAGACGGCCUGGACCGGGCGGCGCGGGAGAGGCUAGGGUGGCUGUGGCGCGUCGCGUGCCCGGACACCAAGGGGGAGGACGACCCGCUGAUAAACCCGCUCGCCGACGGCGCGCCGGGGAUCCAGGCCCUGGCCUGCGGGCGCGUGCUCGUUUGCGUCGCCGAGGACGACGUGCUCCGCGACCGUGGCAAAGCCUACUACGACCGGCUGCUCGGGACGGGCGGGUGGCGCGGCGAGGCGGAGAUAUCGCAGGCGAGGGGCAAGGGGCACAGGUUCCACCUGUUCGACCCGUGCUGCAGCGAGGCCAUCGCGCAGGACAAGGCCAUCGGCGCCUUCCUCAACCCUGAAGGGCGGAGCCAAGUGUAG